UUCUUUUUAAUGCAAGUGCAAGAAGCAGGCUAACAUGGCCCUGAACAGGACAUUUAUUGAAAUCGUGGUAGGCUUGUAUGUGUGUCUGACCUUCGCCGUGCUCGUCGUAGAAGCAACGCUGGUGUACAUCGACGCAGCCAACGUGGAUAGAUACAGACGUCCCUACGUAUGGAUGACGGGGUCCUUCGAGUGCUUCUUCCACGUCGUCCACCUCGUGCUCCUCGUGGUCUGGGCCGUUUGCAUGUACAAGGACAACUACGACGGCAUGUCAAAGAGUCUGGUGGGCAUCUCGGCGCGCGUCAUGGGAAUCGGCCUGUGCACCACCAUCGACCUCGGAAGGAUGAUGAUCGUGCAGCCCCCGUACCUGGGUUCCUAUUUUCAAAGACAGAUCAUGCACCGGGAAAAGGUUGGGUCAACGCAGCCGCUCAUGUACAAGGUCAUUUUGCUGUUUAUUGAGACGCUCAUCGUCUGCCAAAUGGAAAUUUACCAGCUGGGCGUCCAGGCCGAAGCAGCGGCAGCGCAACAGGCUCCCGCAGCAGAAGCGUCGCCGCAGACGGCACCAGACGAGGCGUCCUCUCUGCAACGGUCGAACGCCACCACGUCCGACGGCACCGUUGUGGCCGUGGAGGGUGCGUAUCAGGCGCCAUCGGGCACCAUGAUGCUCCUGGUCGUUCCCGUGCAACCGCCCGAAGCGGAGGACCAGCAGCAACACUCGGCGCAGUCCAUGCAGCCCCUGACCGCGGGCGCCAAGCAGCGACCCAAGCCGGCGGCCUCGGAGGCAACCGACGCGUCGUCGUCUGCUGGCACACGCGUCUGAAUCACUGCGCCGUGGACGGUGUACAUUACUCAACUAUAUGCAAUCUCGCUGGCGCAGCCAAUCGAAAACUUUUGGCAUGCGCUACGGUCACCUUUAGUGAAGUUCCUUAUAUGCUUUGUAUUCUUAAGAGUGCAUUUGUGAAUUAUAUAGAAUUGUCAUUGCGAAUGAAAGGACGGUCUUUGCACACUG